AUGGUGACAACCAAUCUAACGGGAGAUGGAACUCAGACAUUUAUAGAACUGCUAUGCUCUCCCUCCCUGGUUGGUAAACUUCAACUGCAAUUGAUUUCUUUUUUAGCCGCAGUCAGUAUCCUCCUCUCCAUUACAGCAUUUCUUGGGAAUUCUCUCAUCCUUUUUGCGCUUCACAAGGAAUCUUCCCUUCAUCCACCGUCCAAACUCUUGUACCGUUGUCUGGCAACAACUGAUCUGUUGGUUGGUCUUGUUAGCCAGCCUCUCUGGGCUACCUAUUUGCUGUCCUUAGUUCACGAACACUGGAGUCUUUGUCGAUACGCCAGAGACGCGGGUUUCUUCACAGUCAAUCUAUUAUGUUCAAUGUCUUUGUGUACGAUGACGACCAUCAGCGUGGACAGAGUUCUGGCCCUUAUUUUGGGGCUGAGAUACAGGCAAACUGUAAAUUUAAGACGCACAUCUAUCACUGUAGCUUACAUGUGGAUUCUAUGUCUUGCCGCUACUUUGUGCCUUAUUUUUGAUCACCGUAUAACCAUUUGGUAUAGCUUAAUAGGCAUACCGUCUUGCCUGGUUGUUUCUGUUGCUUCGUACACAUAUAUUUUCUGCACUCUCAAUCAACAUCACGCUCAAGUACAGGAUCAUGUUCAGCAACAGCCAAGCCAACCAAAUGUAUUGAACAUUGCGCGAUACAGAAAGGCAGUGCAUAGCGCACUGUGGGUGCAGUUGGCAUUAGUGGUUUGUUGUUUGCCAUAUGGUACAGUGAUAAUUGUUAUUACUAAGAGUAAAACAUAUUCAUCACACUUAAUCGCCAUAAGCGGAAUCGCAGGAACUUUAGUUUGCUUUAACUCAACGUUGAACCCAUUUCUUUACUGCUGGAGGAUCAGUGAAGUAAGACAAGCAGUGAAGCAGUCGAUAAGACAAAUACUUUGCUGUCCAUGGAGUUAGCCCCGAGAGAUACACUUGUCUCAAUGCUGUUAAAGAUGACCUCGAAAGUCAAGGUUUUUAAGAG